AAGACGGCAAGAUGGCGGCCAGUAACUAUUACGGCUUCGCGCAUGGUGCUGCCGCCGCCGGGCCCCAGUACAGCACUCAACCUGCUACAGCUUAUUCCCACCCAACCACUGCGGCAAGCUACACUGUUCAGCAAGCUCCUGGGGUGGCACAUACUGUGACGCCAUCUUAUGCUCCCACAGUGCAGGCUGCCAGGCCAGUUGCAACUGCUGCCUAUGGAGCAUACCAAUCGCAUUCAGGACAGGACUAUGGUUAUGGAACUCGGCAGCAGGAACCUCCCCCCCAGCCUACUACAACACCAAACUACCAGGAUGGUUACAGUUAUGGACGGUCUACGUCUGCAAGCAGCUAUGAGAGCAAACAGUACUACCAGCCAGUUGCUACCCAGCCUCAACACACUGCCACAGACUCGUACUACCAGUCAAGCGCCAAAGGUGGCUACAGUCAAUCUAGUGGUAUUUAUAGUCAGAGCCAGCCACAGAGACAGGUGACUACAAUUAAGCCAAUUCAAACAGUGAGCGCCACAUCUUCAAGCUACAAUGCCUACCCAACAGUAACAACUGUUCAGCAGAAUGCAUCUGCCUCCUCCAUCUCCUCGUACACCCCCUCCUCUUCAUACAACUCCACUUCUGCAUCAUACUCUGGGUCAAAUUACUCCAGUUAUGAUGCCACAGCAUACACAGCAGCUAGCACUUACUAUCAACCACCUCAGCAGCCCCAGGCCCAGCAUCAGCAGCCGCCACCCCCGCCACAACAACCGAAAUCUACGAGCUCUUCUUCAUGGAGCAGCACAGUGAACAGCACCACCACCAACUCUAGCAACAGCUUCAGCAAAAAAACACCUUUUCAAAACAAACAGCUGAAACCCAAAGGGCCCCCUAAACAGCCUCAGCUUCACUACUGUGAUAUCUGCAAGAUCAGCUGUGCUGGUCCACAGACUUACCGGGAGCACUUGGAAGGACAAAAGCACAAAAAGAAGGAGGCAGCUCAGAAGACAGGUAACCUGGCAAACUGUGGCCCUCGUGGGGUGCAGACUCAGCUUCGAUGCGAGCUCUGUGAUGUCUCCUGUACAGGAGCAGAUGCAUAUGCAGCACAUAUCCGGGGAGCGAAGCAUCAGAAGGUGGUUAAAUUGCAUACUAAAUUGGGGAAGCCCAUCCCUUCAGUAGAGCCUGUAAUAGUGAACUCUGGUUCAGGUCCCACCAUCGCUGCAGCAAGUAAGCCAGCUGCCCAUGCCCCUACAGCUACAUCUGUUACACCAACAAAACCAACAGCUGUAGCAACUAACAGUGCAAGCAACAUAAGCAAGCCAGUGCCAGUGAAGAAACCUGUUGCAUCCAAGAUAACAUUUUCAGGGACUAAUAAACUUCAGGCAACAAGCAUCAAAUUGGAGGAAGUGAAGGUGAUGCAACCAAAAUCAGAGCUACAAAAUGAACAGUCCACGCAUGAUGGCUCUGGGGAUGGCCCAGGGGGUUUAUUUGACGUACAACCUGUGGGACAUGACUAUGUGGAAGAGGUUCGCAAUGAUGAAGGAAAAAUGAUCCGGUUUCACUGUAAGCUCUGCGAGUGCAGUUUCAAUGAUCCUAAUGCCAAGGAUAUGCACCUGAAGGGGCGUAGGCAUCGGCUCCAGUACAAGAAGAAAGUAAACCCAGAUCUACCAGUUGAGAUCAAGCCCAGUAACCGAGCUCGGAAAAUGCACGAGGAGAAGAUGAAAAAGCAGAAACAGAAGGAUAUGAUAAAGAGACGCAGAGAGGAAGAGCAGCGUUGGCAUAUGGAAAUGAGGCGCUAUGAAGAGGAAAUGUACUGGCGGCGGGUAGAGGAAGAGCAGUUAUACUGGGAAGAGCAGCGGCGUCGGAUGGCUGCAGACUGGCAUCCACCCCCACUUAUGGGCAGACCUGGCAUGCCAGUUCCUCCUCUCUUGCCUACUAGACGUCCAGACUCUUCUGAUGACCGUCACAUCAUGACAAAGCACUCUAGCAUCUACCCAACAGAAGAGGAGCUGCAGGCCAUCCAGAAGGUCGUCUCCCAUUCUGAACGUGCUCUUAAGCUCGUCUCUGAUUCAUUGACAGAGCAAGAAUCUGACAGAGAAGAAGAUGAUGAAGAGAGGGGGAAAGCAGAAACUGCACCCCGAAUUCUGAAAGGUGUAAUGCGAGUUGGCAUUCUGGCAAAAGGGCUUCUGCUCCAAGGAGACAGGAAUGUUCAUCUUAUCCUACUCUCUGCCCAGAAACCUACACACACCCUCUUAAAGAACAUCACAGAGCAGCUGCCCAAGCAGCUUUCAACGUUAACUGAAGAUGAGUAUGAAGUUUCAUCCGGUGCUGAGGAAGCAAGUAUACUCAUCUGUUCGUGCAAGGAACCAAAAAUGCAAGUCACAAUUUCAGUCACAUCUCCUCUCAUGAGAGAGGAUGCUUCUGCUGACGAAGAAGCAGCAGCAGAAUCUCAGCCUGACCCCUGUGAUAUUUUGAGUCAACAGAAAUGCCUAGAGUCAUUGGCUGCCCUUCGUCAUGCUAAAUGGUUCCAGGCUAGAGCUAACGGUCUGCAGUCAUGUGUGAUUAUCAUCAGGGUUCUGCGAGAUCUUUGCCAGCGUGUACCAACAUGGGGGGCACUUCCAGAUUGGGCAAUGGAACUUCUUGUAGAAAAGGCUUUAAGUAGUGCAACAAGUCCGCUAAGUCCUGGAGAUGCCAUGCGCCGAGUUCUUGAAUGUGUAGCCACAGGAACACUCUUGAUGGAUGGACCUGGGCUACAAGAUCCCUGUGAGAAAGAUGAAAUGGAUGCUCUAGAGACUAUGACCAGUCAGGAACGAGAGGAUAUUACAGCAAGUGCACAGCAUGCUUUAAGGAUGCUAGCUUUCAGGCAGAUACACAAAGUACUUGGAAUGGACCCUUUGCCACCUCCUAAAAAUAGACUUAAUGCACGUAACAGAAAAAGGAGACGAGACACCAGUGAGACAGCUGAGGGCGAGGGCGACGGGAAGAAGGACAAAAAAGAGGAAGAUGAUGAUGCCUAACCACUGUUGUAGCAUUUGCUGAGAUAAUGUUCACAUGACUUUAAUUUUUUAUAUAUAAAUAUGAGUUGCUGUUUAGUCUAUGACAUUUGGCAAUUUUAGUGUUUUUCCCCUUGAAAUAACGUACUGUAGAUUUGUUUUAAAUUGUGCUUAAAUCAUUACAGAAAUUGCAUCAUUCCAUAAGAGUAA